GGAUGGAUUUUCGUUUGGGGAAGUGGUGGGUUUGAGGAAAUUCUACACGUGUCACGUGUGGGCGAAGCACACGAGCCAAUUUCAAACGGCCUUCAGCAUUCUCGCUUUUGAAAAAUCAUAUUUGAUGGAUAGUCUUUUCUUUAUGGCUGCUUCUUCAUUAUUACCUCCCCCUUCUCUUUGGGGAUUUCUCUGAGGAAGGCUGUUCAAUACUCUUUCAGAUCGAGUAUUUUUAGCGAAAGGUUUCACUUUGUAGAUUUUUUUUUUCAUUUGCCUUUGCAUUGGCAAAAAUAAAAUAUUUUUCCGUAGUAUUCCUUACUCUUCCUUAAAUGGGAAUUGGUAUUUCAGUCUUCUCAAACUCAUGACUGGCAAAAUCACUGGCAACGAAUUUUGUUCAGACUGUAGGUACGGGGUUUUCGAACUUGUGCGGUCGGCCGAUGCUCGCCUUCCCCUCGGACGUCAACUCCACACAUGUAGGGAGCUCUAUACCAACAGCCUCGAAAUAUUGUAUAUCGAACAAGUCUUGUUUGAGGUGAAGCAAUUGUAGCGUUAGAACCACAAAAAAUCUAGUGCUCUCUAUUGUCUUUUAUUGGAUAAGCUUUUAUGGAUGAUAGGGGGGAGGGAAAACACUUAAACUGACUUAAAAAUAAUUUUUUUAACACCUUCGAGGAAAAAAUAUCACCUCCAACACCAUUUCGUCAUUCCUCGAGACUCUUAGGUGGACUUUACUCACUGAAGGCAGUUCCUUUUCCGGGAAGUCACAUGAAUGAUGACAAAUAAACAAAUUUUUGAAUGAAAUAAUACUCAUGCUUAUAAUAAAUAUAUUUCAGCCAAACACUUUUCUGUUGUUCAAAGCAUAUCCCUGCAUUAUUUCUGUUUGUUAUUUUUAUUUUCAAGGUGUUUUGUUAACUGUUAAGUUGCAGUUGUUUCGGUCCAAACAAGGCUUGUUUGAGUAUCCGUUCGGUUUUUCCAUCGGUGAGCUGUUUUUUAAAGCAAUCCUCUGCAAUCAGCAGCCAAUAGUUUUAUUGUUAGUGCUCAUAAAUUUCCUUGGAAAAUAAACUGUCGAAUGGUUUUCGAGGUAGUGGAGUUCGGGGAAGCCCUACAGUGGCUGUUUCUCCCGGUUGCAAACCCGGGAGUCUGUACCUUUUUCAUUCCUAAAUUGACCAAUUACGUUGGCUAUUGCUCCUACAUGGGCCCCAACCCCUGCGAUUAGAACGUCCGAAUAUAGUUUAGGAGAGAAUGGAAUAUAAUACAGGGAACGAGACAAUGUACUGUAGAUUUACGAGACUUUGUAACAUAUAGAAAUCUUAAUGUUAUUCGUAGCUUAUUGAUCUGUACAAAAAUAGCCCAACAAAAAUUUCUCGAUCUCAUACAGCUGCAAAACCAAGGACGAGAGAGCCUAGGGAGAGGUUUCAAUGCUCGAGGUGUAAAUCUGAUUGGGGAAAAAUCCGAUAAUUCUCUCCGUGUAGAACUAAAAAUUCAGGUCGUCCAUCUUCUAGUGGAUGUUUAAUUACUGGUCUGGUUAUCCUAGUUCUCUCUGCACUUGAAGUAAAAAUUAAUUGCUGAAGGAAAGUUUGCCAAAUGUCAAUUUGUUUGGCCCAGACCUAUCCCUUUGUUUUCAUCGUCCCCUCAUCCCACCGUCACCUCUUUGUUUAGAUACCUCGACAAUGUUGCGCAGACUCCCAAGAUUUUGGAGCCGAAUUUUAUCGUACACACAGGGAAAAUUGACUUUGCGCAUGGCACGCACCCGUACACUCACCCCUGAAUCGCUCCCCUUCUCUCUUCCGUUCGGUUUAUUUAUUUUCCUUUUUUUAUAGAUAGAAAGAGAGAGAGAAUGGAGAGGAGACCCUGUGAGCGGCUGAAUGCCGCCGAGGGGUCUUUAUUCAAAUACAACUAAACCACCGUGCGCGAUUACUCGUUCGAGGAUGCUUAUCUUCAGCAUUGACCAGUAUCUUUUUCAUAGACAUUUUCUGAAAUAGACGAUUAUUUUCACAUCAUUGGGCGAUAAUGAUGUUGGUGAGACGCUUCACCGAGUGCUGUCGCGGUAACUUUGAAGAAAUGCACUGCCUCGGAGCAAUAUCAGGUGCCCCGCCACCCAGCAUGUCGUCCCCAUCGCAGUCUGGAAAUCGUGGAUGUGUAUUGAGUGUGAUCCGAGCUCUAGGAGUCUUAGUAUGUGAGGGAAGAAUUCAGGGCCCUCCUCGUGGCUACAGAGAGGGUCCCCACUGUGCAGCACCCCUUCAAGCACCUCCCAAUCAGCACACAUGUGACAAGCAGCACUAUCUGUGCAACAGAUAUCUCGUCCUGAUGAAGGAGAUUGCUGAAAGGGUGUCCAUUGGCUCCAGCUUGUGCAUCGAAGUUGUGAUGUGCAAUGAUUGCCCAUGUGGAUUAUCAACAGCCACAAGCACUAAUCCGGUGUCACCAAUACCGUCCACUAUAAUUCAUCAAUGGCCAAACACUGAGUUGCUGCUGGAGUACUGGUGCAUUGGCGUUGUAGCUAGUAAAAAUUCUGAGAUGAUGAAUUCUCAAGGCUUGUAUCAGGCUGUACGUUCACGUCUUCAUUUCAGUCAAGUGGCAGCUUGGUGGUCUAGGAGCAAUGGCUCCAAGCCAAAGUACGUGGCCACCAGAGUCGUUCCCUACAAUUCUGACAAUCUUCGUAAAUUUCGUGAUACACCAAUCGAACACACCUUCCCAUUGGCUUCCAUUGGCGAUGGAAAUUCAGUCAAAGUUUCUGUAUGGGCUUUGCCACGAAUGGAGGAUAUACCUGAGCUCAAUUGUCCUAUGCAUCCAUUAGUGGAGAACAAGGAGGACGAGUGUGCAAGGGCACUUACACCAACCAAAACAACACUGCCACAUUCUGGUGAACAGACACUUGUUCUACCAGCUCUGGUGGAUGAUAGGUUACAAACACCCUGUAAUACACCUGGGAAGCAUCAUUGUAGGUGCGAGGAGGAGGACGUUAGUCCACCGUCGCCAUCUAUUAAGAAUGGGGAGAGAAAACGCAGAAGAUCACUGCCCUGUGGCCCUCCGGAUACUCAAGCCAGUGCACAUCCAAUGGCUUCGGUCAGUGAAGUUGCCACUGCGGGGGCUGGGGGUGAUGGCCAGCGGGAGAGGAUUGAGGGGGGAUUUGAGAGGAGUACGUACAUGGGGAAUACAAACUUGGAGAGGUACUUUUGGACGCAGGUUAGCUUGGAUGAGGCUGAGGGGAACACUGAGAAGAGAUAUAAACCGUCUUCUGAGGGGUGCGACAUCGAGCCGAAGAGGGAGGCGAAGGCUGAGUUAGGAACCAUCACCCACUUGCGAGUUAAGGAACCAAAGCCCCAAUCAUUCGUGCCUUUCGAGCCAAAAGAGCUCCACAAAAGUCCACCCCAGCGUUCUUCAAUCGCCACGGCACCAAAUCUAGUGAUCAAUCCAUUCACAGAGCAAAGCUCGUUCCACGAACCGAAUCCAGGACCAUCGACGUUAAGAAAAGAGGUGACAUCCCUCCCCUGCACAGUUCACAUCAACUACUCUCUGUCCUCGCGAAAGGGCCCAAGCGAGCGGAUCUAUUACAGCCUGGACAAGCCCCUUGAAAAGCCCCCAUCCGACCUGACCCAAUUGAUGUCAAAGCUCUCUUUCCCGAAGGACGUGAACAACACUCCUAAGGAAGACGGUGGUAUCCUGAACUGGAUCAGCCGAGUACCCGCUAGGGUUCUCAGCACCUCUCCAACACCUGAGGAAUCCCAGGACCUGAUCCCACAACCACAGGAACGUAAUAAUCAUCAAAUAAAAACUUGCAAUGCUGUAAAACUGAAAAAUUGCAAUUUGGAGCUGAGCCAGCGUGAGUUUGACGAGGUACUCGCUGUAUUGAGAUCUAGAACCCCAUCUGGUAGACGUCGCACCCCAGUAAAGACCCUUCGUCGUCGUGAAAGAUCAGAAAGAUCCCUCACCGACAGUUAUUAUGAUAAGAGAGAUUCAUGUGUGUGUCCCAUUCACCGAGAACUGGAUGGCACCUCAAAUGCUGUUGAAAAUUACGGAUGUCGGUCUUGUGGGAAAUCAAUGGAGAAUGGGGACAUGAUCAAAGUCGAGAGAACGAUUGAACCCUGUCUUCAAAGUGUCUCCAAUAAAGCUGACGUUUUAUUGGGGGCAAUAUUGAGGACCAGUGGGGAUAGAAAGGGAUUGAUGGACAUUUCAAAUGGCACCAGACCACGUACAGUGUUGAAUGGCAAAGAGGUGAAGGGUAAUGGAGAGCACGUGAUAACGACUGAUGUGAGGACAUCUAGGUCACGACAGCUAGAGGAGGAUAAAUUCUCUAUGACGUUGAAUAAACGACUACAAAGGAUUCAGCAGCUGUUUAGAAAAGUCCAGGAGAAGAAGAACUCUGUUGAAAUGGCAAAUGGAUUUCAGGAGAUCAUGAGCCAGGCGAAAUUUGCACAGGUGGGAAAUGAGACGAAAGACAUUGACAGGGACAAGAGGAUGAUCGACUUGUCGGGGAAAAUUGAGAAUUAUAAACCAUUGGCUGAUGACCCUGAUUGUUCAGGGGAUAGUUCAUAUUUGAAUAGUACAAAUUAUAAGUUUAAAGACUUUAAUAAUCACCAUGAAGCCUCAGAAACAGCUGUGUCUUCCACGACUGGUGAGGGGGAGGAGGAUGACGAUGUGGAGGAGGAGAUCAGGAAGAUUCAAGAGGUGACGGACGAGGAGACUAGUGAUUGCAGGGUACCUUCUGCUAUUGAGCAGGAGAGGUUCAGGAGGUCUUUGGAAAAUGCUGCUUCAAUGGUUUUCCAUAGCAGGACAGGGCUACCUUUGACUUCGAGUCCUGCUCCGUUGAGGAGGGGGAGCUGUUGCUUUGAUUAUGACAGCAGUUUGAAUACAGUUUCAUCCAAGAGGAGUGCACUUUUUGAACUCAAUACACCACCCAGUCCUGGGGCUGUCUCGCUGGAGGAAACUGACAGGGAGAUUGAUCAGUCUGGAGAGGGUUUUGAGCAGCCCAAGAGAUCGUCAUCUACCAGAAAUAGACCCCAGAGCCAUGCACUUUUGGGGAGCUUUGAGGAGUCGGCACUCAAUGGAAGGUUGGAGCCUGUUUCCACUGUCCACGGAUUUACUGCUGAGAUUGGAGCCAGUGGAUCAUUCUGUCCCAAACAUCGAAAACUUCCUGUUACAGUGUUUUUUUAUACGCUUGGGGAUAAUGACAAAGUAUCGAGCCCAUAUCUUGCUCAUAUUAACCUUGGAAAGAAGGGUUAUCAGGUACCGAGGAGUGGUACAAUCCAAGUGACGUUACUGAAUCCCUUGGGCACUGUUGUUAAGAUGUUUGUCGUUCUUUAUGAUUUGUCUGACAUGCCACCACGAUCUCACACUUUCUUGCGACAGAGGACUUUGAGGGACAAGACACUACGCUACCUCAUUCAUCUCAGAUUUAUGUCUGGCAAAUCAGGGCGGAUAUAUCUUCAUACCGAUAUAAGAAUGAUAAUCUGUCGUAAAUCAGACGUGGACACUGCAUCGGAUUUUGGCUCAGAACCUCCGAAGGAGUUGAGGAGUUACAUUCACGGUCCUACGAAUCCAAAAUUUUCACCAAGGUGCUGAGCCUCGUGGUUAUUCCCGUGGGGUUGUUGCCAACCGUUUCGCCUAUCUAGUCCUCCCCUUAUCGUCGAAGUAUGAAAUGAGCUUUCGUCAACAAAACACACAAAGAAAAUGAAAAAAAAAACCAAGCAGCUAUGAUUGAGUUGUCCCCGAUGAGUCGAUUGUAGUCAAUAAUAGCCAUUGUCAAUUGCAAGAGUUUCAAGAGAAAGAGAAAUGCAUUGGGGGUACUGGACUCUUGAUGGAAUCAGAUAUUAAAUUGUGGGAUUGCAUUGUCAGGCGAGGUGUUACUGCCAUGGGUGGUACUCAACGAUUGAAGAAAGAAGAAAAUUCAACACGUGAUAUAGAGUAAUGGGAAUCCAAAGAAUGGCAUCGAAAUGAUCAAAGGUGAUUUUGAUUCAGUUGUCGAGUGGUAAAAUGUCAUCACAUCAUCACUAAUCGCAUAAUAACCUUUAGAUGUCGAGAGGUUAAUCAAUAAUUUUCGAUGAUCCCUCGUCGAGACUAAAUGGGGAACAAAAAACUAAAAAAGCAUGACAUUUUGACACUCAAUUCCUGAAUUAUCUCUAACAUAAAAUUAUUUUCAUUUACUCUGUGCAAAAUGGAAAGGAGAACAGAAAAACCAAGUAGCAAAUGGCGUGAUAUUUUGGAAUACAACUAUUUUUGGAAAAAAAAAAACGGAAAGUUAAAGCCAAAAAAAUUGUGAUGCAUUCGUCGUGAUUUCCCAUGAGUAAAAACAGGUGGAACAGAGAAUUAUAUUAUUUACACGUUUAAUGGUGAAAAUGAAGAGAAAUGAAAAAUAAAAAGAACACAAUUUUUGUGUCCGUAGCACUGUGAUGAAUAUUAUAGAUUAAAUAAUAAAUUAUAAGGAUAAAAAAUAUAUUUGCGCUGUAGAUAUUUGGUAAGUUUAAUCUUCUAUUGUGCUAAUUACUAUGUCGAUACUGAGUUGAAUACCGUAAUCGAUGAGUUGGCGAAUAUUUUGACGGGUAGGAGAUUUAAUACCACUGAUGUCAUUUUUAUUGCAUUAUCGAUGAUGGCAAAAAUGGCGAGUGAAGUGGUAAAGGGUAGAAUAAUGAUUACAUUUUCCAUACCUCAUUGAACAGAAGACCGAAGGAACAAAAUUGGAACUUUUGAAUUUUUUGCCAAGGGUUAAAGCGUCAUCCAAUUAUUCAAUAUGCAAAAUUCUUGAAGAAUUCAAUUUUCUGCAAUUUUUUCCGUGGAUUUAACAACAGUAGAAUGAUUUCCUCACUUUUUACCACUUCACUUUCCUAUUGGUAAAGUUUAAAUUUCAUUAAAUUUCAAUGUGGAACCGAACAAGAUAUUUCAACAAUUGAUUGAUGAAUUAGCAGUUGCAUUGUUGCUCAUGUACGUGAAAGAAUUUCAGUAUGCCUUAGAACAUUACCGAAAAAUUCAAUAUUUAAAAUAAUAAUUGACUCCGGCUGCUGAAAUAAUAACUUUCACCAUAAAUUUAUUUCUCUUGUUGGUUUGUAAAUUUACGUGUAGAUUGGGUUACUUCUGAUAACUUAGGCAUCAAUGGCAGUGGAAUAAACAUCACCUGUAAAGUUGGUCGAGGUUUAAGGUAGAUGAAACAGUGAAAUUAAAUAAUGAUUAAAUGUAAUUCAUGGAGAAACUUUUUUGAUUCUCAGUAGUUUCGUCGCUGUAAUGGUGAGGAAAAAUAUAAGUGGAAUGAAUUAGUGUGCAUAAUCACUGCCAUGCUGUACAAUAUUCUAUAGCAUAGGUCACACGUUCCAAUUGAGGGGGGCAAUGAAAAAUGUGGAAUGAAGUUUAGGGGUGAAUAGCGAAAUUUAAUGACAUGUCUCGUUAACGAACGCCUGGUCGAGGUCUCUAAAUAGAAAUAGGAGAAUUCGAUAAAUAUUUGUAACUAAAUGGAUACUGGAGAGCAUUUUUGUUGCCAAGUGGGAAGCCGGUAGACAGUUCAAGAAUUUCAUUUUGACGUUCUUUAAAGUAUCUCUUGAGCUGUUGCGUUGAGGGAACAAUAUUAAUUUUUUUUUUCAACAAAAAAAAUCAUAUCAAAAAUAUUAUUUCAUGAAUGUUCCUGGGAUUUAUGGGAAUCCUUUUUUUAUUUUUAUCGAUAAACUUGGAGAUUUCAUUUAAAAUAUUCUGGUAAUACCUCUGACCAAUCAGUUUCAGGGAUACCUACAAAAAACCUCCGGUUUCAUCUUGAUUAAUUUAGGCAAUUGAAAAUAUCACAUAAAAACUGAUAAAAUUAUCGUUGAACCUACUUGGUUUAUUCUCAAUGCGCAAAUUAAUCUGGAGGAAUCCUUUGACUUCACCACUUUGGUACACAUUUCAUUCACUCCAGAAAUUUCGAUUGUAAUUUCAGUCUCAACGAUAAUUUGAAGGUCAUAAUCAAGACCACGAAUUCACAAUCAAAAGAAGAUGUAAGGGAACGAAACGUUGUAUCUCAAACUGAAGAAUUAAUUAGAUAGUCUUUCGGAUCUCAAUAGAUAUUGUGAUAAAAAAAAAAUCUUCGUGUCUGGCGUGAUGUAGAAGUGUAGUUGAUAAUAAUCGACUCCUUAUUUUUUAUUAAGAAAUACAUGAUAUAUAUUUUCGUGGAAGCAUAUAUGUGGUGCCAAAUUCGUCAAUUUUUAAUUUCUCUAAAUUUUAUUCUUUUUUUUCGUUUUGGGAGAAAUCUGGAGUAAAUGGGAAAAAUGGGAUUUAAAAAGUUUUUACGAAUCACAAAACACAAGCAAAUGAGGAACAUAAAAACCGUUUAAUGCAGCCACUUUAGUAUUUUUAUUUGACAUUUCAUUCAAAAUCAAAUUAUCGGGUGAAUGAACGAUUUUAUGAAAAAUGUUUACGAAUUAGUUUAAUGGUUUUUCUUCUAAAUCAAAAUGAAGAAUUUAUGCAAAAUUCAAAAGGUAAAAUGUUUCUAUUAAAUCAAUUUCGUCCAAUACUUUUUUCCCCAUUCUCUCUGUGGCGUCUGUCCCUCCCUUUCAUGAAUUUGAUGAAUAAUUUGCUAAAUCUGUAGUUAGUUACCACAAACGUGGUGAAUCAGCUUUAAACGCAAUCAUAUAUCUCUCAUUAAUUACUAAAGUCGAAUUCGUUUUUAAAAUAAGUGAUAAUUUUCGGUAAUCGAGAUAAAAAGCAAAUGUGAGUUGCGUAUGAGUCGUAAUAAUGUAAAAUCAUGAAUUUGUUAUUCGUGUAAAUGAAAAAUUCACUUGCGAAGCAAAAAAAAAAUGAUGAUCAACUCGAAGCAAUAGGAAAAACGUCCAGAUUCAGACGCAACGAACUGUUUAUUAGUUGAAUAUAUGUUUGUUCUGCUUUGUUGUGAAUUUUUAUCAACUUGCCGAAUUCGUUCGAUUUCAGUGUUCGAGACCAGGCAUCUUGUACAUAGAGCAGCAUUAUUUUAUAAAUAAAAUAUUGUUAUCACAAA